AUGGGGGCGAGGCAGAGUUCAAGCGGUCCACGAUUAAGAACCUAUUCUGGAAGUGGACAAACGAGUGGCCCAAGUGGCACAGCUAGUGCCGGACAACCUCCCGGGGGUGGCGGUAGUGUCGGUGUUGGAAGUAGCGAACAAUCCACCACUGCUCGAGCUCGAGCUCGAAGUUUAGGUAGUUUCCAUCCGGCCACUGGUCAUUCCCCGUCCCUCAGUAUACCAAACAACAACGGUUCGGCUGGUGUUGGGGCAGGAAUAAACUUACUUGGAGCCAUGUCACCAGACUCUGACUCAAGUACGCCGGAUGAUGGACCCUUUGGAAGAUCCUUCACGCAUUCUUUGCCAGUACAUCUGUCUUUUUCAUUAACUGGUAUAAAGUGCCCAGUCUGUUCAAAAUCUGUUGCUGCAGAUGAACUGGAAUGUCACCUUGUGAUAUGUCUAACAAAGCCUAGAAUUAGCUAUAAUGCCGCCUCCGUUUCAUCAUGGAAGCCACGAUUUCUAUUUAUUUCUUUAUUCGAUAACAUCUAUCUAUCUAUCUAUCUAUCUAUCUAUCUAUCUAUCUAUCUAUCUAUCACCGUAUUAUAUCUUUAUUUAAGUUCAUUAUCUAACUAUGACAAUCUUUUUUUAUUAUCUAUCUAUCUAUCUAUCUAUCAAUUUCAUCUGUUCUUAUUAUCUAUCUAUCUAUCUACCUUCAAACCUUUCCAUCUAUCUAUCUAUCUAUCUAUCUAUCUAUCUAUCUAUCUUCAAACCUUUCCAUCUAUCUAUCUAUCUAUCUAUCUAUCUAUCUAUCUAUAUCUAUGUAUCUUCAAACCUUUUCAUCUAUCUAUCUAUCUAUCUAUCUAUCUAUCUAUCUAUCUAUCUAUCUAUCUUCAAACCUUUCUAUCUAUUUAUCUAUCUAUCUAUCUAUCUAUCUAUCUAUCUAUAUAUAUAUAUAUAUAUAUAUAUACAUAUGUAUCUUCAAAUCUUUCCAUCUAUCUAUCUUCAAUCCUUUCUAUCUAUCUAUCUUCAAACCUUUCUAUCUAUCUAUCUAUCUAUCUAUCUAUCUAUCUAUCUAUCUUUAAACCUUUCUAUCUAAUCCAAUCAGUGUAUAAUUUUUCGCUUUGUUUCUCAUUCUUUAUUAACACCAUUACGGAUAUCUCGUCCGCCAUCACCCAACGCCUGCACCAUUUUGCCAUUCGCCCUUAA